AGUCUGACCAUGGCUGCCAUUCUUUCUUUCAGAAAUGUGAUCCCGUUCUCACACCGGACAGCGCAGCAGCAGCAGAUCCAACAUUUCCUCUUCUUCGUCAAUCUAUCUUCGUCUUUUUUUGUACUCUGCACACUGUUAGUUCUUCGAGAGAGAAAGAUAGUUCAACUAAUUUGCGCAACUGUGACAAAUGCGCUCAGCCCUUCCAAUCUCUUGCUUGCUCUUACUGCAAAUCUCCAUUCUCUUCUUUUCCGCCGGUGUUUUCGCAGGCGAUCCAUAUGUCUUCUAUGAUUGGACGGUAUCCUACAUCACCGCCUCGCCACUUGGAGUCAAACAGCAGGUGAUAGGAAUUGAAGGGCAGUUUCCAGGACCCAUUCUAAACGUGACAACAAACUGGAAUGUAGUUAUCAACAUUAGAAAUGAUCUUGAUGAGCCAUUGCUUCUGACAUGGAAUGGUUUACAACAAAGGAAGAACUCAUGGCAGGACGGAGUAUUAGGAACAAAUUGUCCUAUACCGUCUGGAUGGAAUUGGACUUAUCAGUUCCAGGUUAAAGACCAGAUUGGGAGUUUCUUUUACUUUCCUUCCCUAACCUUCCAAAGAGCUGCAGGUGGCUAUGGAGGAAUCACUGUAAAUAACAGGGAUGUCAUUCCUGUUCCCUUUGGAACCCCUGAUGGCGAUAUCACAAUCUUAAUCAGUGAUUGGUAUAAAAAGAGUCAUAAGGAGCUUAGGAAGUAUAUUGACAAGGGUGGCAAUCUUGGACCUCCUGAUGGCAUUCUUUUUAACGGAUAUGGUCCUUACCGCUAUGAUCAAUCACUUGUUCCUGAAGGUAAUGUUUACGAGACACUACUUGUUGAACCAGGAAAGACCUACCGUUUCAGAGUUCAUAACGUUGGCAUCUCCACUAGCUUGAAUUUCAGAAUCCAAAAUCAUAACCUGUUACUUGUGGAAACGGAAGGAUCAUACACAGUUCAACAGAACUAUGCCAACAUGGAUAUACACGUGGGUCAGUCUUACUCGUUCUUAGUGACGAUGGACCAAAACGCUAGCUCCGACUAUUAUGUUGUUGCCAGUCCACGUUUUAUGAAUUCAUCCACUUGGAGUAAAGCUUGUGGAGUUGCUAUCUUGCACUACUCCAAUUCUCAAGGUCCUGCUUCUGGUCCUCUUCCAGAUCCUCCUAAUGAAUUUGAUACAUAUUUUUCGAUGAAUCAAGCAAGAACCAUCAGAUGGAAUGUUUCGGCUGGUGCUGCCCGUCCAAAUCCACAAGGAUCCUUCAAAUAUGGUGAUAUUACAGUGACUGAUGUUUAUGUCAUUGUUAAUGGACUAGCAGAAAGUAUAGAUGGAAAAUGGCGCUCGACUCUGAAUGGUAUUUCUUAUUUAGCACCAUCAACACCGUUGAGACUAGCUCAGCAAUUCAAUGUUCCCGGAGUUUACAAGCUCGAUUUCCCAAACAGAUUCAUGGGGAGAACUCCGAAAGUUGAUACAUCUGUCAUAAAUGGAACUUACAAGGCUUUCAUGGAAAUUAUAUUUCAGAAUAACGAUACAAAAAAUGUCCAGACCUAUCACAUGGACGGUUAUGCAUUCUUUGUUGUUGGAAUGGAUUAUGGGGUAUGGACGGAGAACAGCAGAGGAACAUACAAUAAAUGGGAUGGAGUUGCUCGCUGCACCACCCAGGUGUACCCAGGAGCAUGGACAGCCAUUUUAGUUUAUCUGGAUAACCCUGGAAUGUGGAAUAUUCGUUCAGAGAAGCUUGAUUCGUGGUAUUUGGGUCAAGAAGCUUAUGUGAGCAUUGUUAACCCUGAGAAAGAUCAGAGCGAGGUUUCAUUGCCCGACAAUGCCAUCUUUUGUGGGUUGCUCGGUUCUUUGCAGAAAGACCAAGCACAGAGGGUUCACUUUUCAGAAGCUAAAUCUCUUAGGAAAUCAGCCAUCAUAGUUUUGGUGACAAUAAUGUUGGCUAUGGGUGUAUGAAUAGGAGAAGAAGAAGAAGAAGCAGCUCAAGGUAUGAUAUAUAUAGUUUUCUAAUUUAUGGACGAGGUUUCGGUAAUUCAGUCAGGUCUGAUGGAUUUAUGUAUAAACCAUUUGUAAAAUUGUUAAUUUCAUUUAUUAGUCUCUAAUCUUAAUAUAGUUCAUGAUUUUUUUUU